AUGAAUAUUUACCUGUGUUUGUUGUUGUUGUUUUUUCUCCUAGGGUUUGUGCGUCUAGCUGGUGGGGAUGGACCCUGCUCAGGGCAGGUAGAAGUGCAUUCUGGAAAAGACUGGACUCUAGUAUCUGAUGGGAACUUUACAUUCCUCACUGCCCAGAUCAUCUGUGCAGAGCUGGGGUGUGGCAAAGCUGUGUCUUUCCUGGGAGAUGUGUCCUUCAGGGAGUCAGAUAGACAAGUGUGGCCUGAAGAAUUCCGGUGUAAGGGGGAUGAACCUGAGCUCCGCUUCUGCCCUAGAGUGUGCUGUCCAGGAGGUGCUUGCCACCGCAGGGCUGUUCAAGUUUCCUGUUCAGCAUACACGGAAGUCCGGCUCAUGAAAAAUGGCACCUCUCAGUGUGAGGGACAAGUGGAGAUGAAUAUUUCUGGACAUUGGAAAGCCCUCUGUGCCUCACACUGGAAUAUGGCAAAUGCCAAUGUUGUUUGUCAACAGCUUGGCUGUGGAGUUGCUAUCUCUGCUCCAAAAGGAGCAUACUUUGUGGAAGGAGGUGAUCAGAUUUGGAAAGCUCGAUUUCACUGCUCGGGGGCUGAGUCUUUCUUGUGGAAUUGUCCUAUGACUGCCCUGGGCAUUCCUGAUUGUGCUCAUGGAAACACAGCCUCUGUGAUCUGCUCAGGAAACCAGACCCAGGUACUGCCCCAGUGCGACGACUCUGUGUCUGAGCCGGCGGCCUCUGCGGGUUCCCGGGAGAGUGCUCCCAACUGCUCAGGUAAGGGGUCCCACCGGACCAGAAAGCCCUUCCCGUUUCCUGUUCGAUGCCCCAGUGGCCUGAUUCUCCCCUCAGAUCACAGACAGCUCCGCCUGGUGGACGGAGGCGGUCCCUGCGCUGGCAGAGUGGAGAUCCGCUACCAGGACUCCUGGGGCACCGUCUGUGAUGACAGCUGGGACCUGAACGACGCCCACGUGGUGUGCAGACAGCUGGGCUGCGGCGAGGCCCUCAAUGCCACGGUCUCCGCUCACUUCGGGGCGGGAUCAGACUCCAUCUGGCUGGACGACGUGAACUGCACAGGAAAGGAGUCUCACAUUUGGAAGUGCCCCGCCCGGGGCUGGGGGCAGCACGACUGCAGGCACAAGGAAGACGCCGGGGUCAUCUGCUCAGACUUCCUGAACCUCAGGAUGGUGAGCGAGGACCAGGAGUGUGCCGGGUGGCUGGAAGUUUUCUACAACGGGACCUGGGGCAGCGUCUGCCACAGCCCCAUGACACCCAUGACCUUGUCCAUCAUCUGUAGACAGCUUGGCUGUGGAGACAGUGGGACCCUCGACUCUUCCGUAGUUCCCAGAGAGGGUUCUAGGCUUCGGUGGGUGGAUCAAAUCCAGUGUCGGAAAACCGAUUUCUCUCUCUGGCAAUGUCCUUCUGGCCCGUGGAAACACAGAUCAUGCUCUGCAAAAGAGGAAGCUUAUAUCUCGUGUGCAGGAAUGAGACCCAGGAGCUGUCCAGCAGCUGCCCCCUGCACAGACCACGAGAAGCUCCGGCUCAGGGGAGGAGACACGGAGUGCUCAGGGCGAGUGGAGGUUUGGCACGAUGGCUCCUGGGGCACAGUGUGUGAUGACUCCUGGAGCCUGGCAGAGGCCGAGGUGGUGUGUCAGCAGCUGGCCUGUGGCUCUGCCCUGGAUGCCCUGCAGAGGGCGGCAUUUGGCCCGGGAAAUGGGAGCAUCUGGCUGGAUGAGGUGAAGUGCAGGGGCAGGGAGUCCUCCCUGUGGGAUUGUGCUGCCAAUCCCUGGGGACAGAGCGACUGCAAGCACGAGGAGGAUGCUGGAGUGAGGUGCUCUGGUGAAAGAAAAGCAUUGCUGUCUUCUAAAGCAGGGACCAGACCAGGCCCAAAUCCUGUCCGUGGCAUCUUCUCCCUGUCUGAGAUGCUCUGUUUCAUCCUGGGGGCCCUUCUCUUCCUGGUCCUCAUCAUCCUGGUAACUCAGCUGUACAGAUGGAGAGCAGCGAGCAGAGCCUUAUCCAGUUUCGAAGAUGCUCUCAGUGAGGCUGUGUACGAGGAGAUCGAUCAUCUUGUGACGAUGAAGGAAGAUCUGCUGGGCGGCACUGCUCAGGGGACUGACACUCCUGCUGAGGAUUAUGAUAAUGCUGAAGAGGUACCAGUGCCUGAGGCUCUUCCUGCCUCUUGGAUGAGCGAGGGGGACGUGCCCCCAGAGGAGAAUGGGAUGAUGGCCUCUCAGACAGGCUCCUGUCUGCAGUUCUCUGAAGAGGUAGCUGGUCCUGGGAAAGAAGAUAGUCCCUGGCUGCUCCAGGGGGAAGAAGGUGACCCGGGGUAUGAUGACGUUGAACUAAAUGCCCCUUGAACAUCUACCGUGGUUUUCACCUGAUGUUGCAUUAAAAAUGAGAUAAGGCCUCAGAUAUUCUAAUUGCCUGUAUUUCAAUAGAGUAGUGCUGACCUAUAAUGGUAUUAUAUGGAAAUUACUUAAAAUGAAAUAUUCUGAAUAAAGUACUUUUUGCUUUGAUGAUAA